CACGGCGCCCCUUGGGUCUUGGUUCUAUUUGGGAAGACGACAGACAACCACCUGGCGCUCUUGCGGGCAGCAGCAUCAUCAUCGCUCUUUUUUGUGGCAGCCUGCAUUGUGGUUUUUCUGCUGACACGACCCACCCGACGCCUGGCUCUCUCGCCCGCAAUCAACCGUUCGCCCCUCGCUCUGGUCCAUCGGGGAAGCUGCUGCUAGCUGCUAGUGUGUACGGAGUACGGAUAGCCUUCAGACGCUGUCAGGCCACCAACCAGGUCACGCUUGACCCCCCCCCCCCCCACCGAGCUCUCUAGACCUUGACGACCACCCGACGGGCCGCGCAGUCGCCGAAUACCCCUCUAUGAUCUCGACACCCGCCCCUUUGUAGGAGACAGAAUCAGCCAACAUGAAGUCCAAAGGGUCUAGAAACCAGCCUGCGCCCCAGGCCCCUCCACCAAUGUCGCCGACAGCGAGGGGCGCCAAAUACAGAAACAGAGACGGCUCCAAGUUCAUCACGUUGCCCGAUACCAUGUCUGCUCCCGAUUCUGCACAGCCCUCGCCAAUGACCUCCGCUGCGUCUGGCGCAAAGCCACAGGCCGUCGGGGCCCCUGGCCUGACAAGUAACGGGCCACCCCCGCCACCACCGACUGUUAACCGGAAGAAGCAGAAGCGUCGUGAAAAGGCAGCCGCCAAAGCCGCAGCCGAAGCUGCUCUGAAUGCGGGAAAUGCCAACGGCGCACCAGACUCGGCAGGCCGCAGACCGAACCAGGUUCCCGACCAGGAGGACAGCGAGGAGGAUGAAGACCAGUUCCACACCCAACCCGACCAGGCACAUGCUCAGGCGAACGGGCGUAUACCUGGCCCCGCGCCCAAGUCCAAGAAGUCAAAGAAGAAGAGACACAAGGGCGCCGCAGCCGCGGGGGAGCUGGCAGACCAGCCGGAUUCUCCGACCCCCCAGCUGAGCACGCCCCACCCCUCCGGCAUCUCCAAGGAGCGGAUUUGGAACACCAGUUCUCAAGAGGAGCGGGAGAGGAUCAAGGAAUUCUGGCUCGGGCUCGGCGAGGAUGAGCGCAAGUCGCUGGUCAAGGUCGAAAAGGAGGCCGUGCUGAAAAAGAUGAAGGAGCAACAGAAGCACACGUGCAGUUGCUCGGUGUGUGGGAGGAAGCGGCAUGCGAUAGAGGAGGAGCUGGAGGGCUUGUACGAUGCCUACUACGAGGAGCUCAAGCAGUUUGCCAAUCAUCCUCAGCAAGACGGCCACCCGCCCUUGAUGGGUGCGUCGCGGCAUUUUGGCUUCCACCACGGCAACAGGUUUCCGAGCUACGCGGGGCACCAGCCCUCUCGCGGGCGAAUAGUGGAGCAUGUUGGCGAGGACGACGAGGACGAUCUCGACGACGAGGCCUAUAGCGAAGACGAGCUCGACGACGACGAGGCCUACAGCGACGAGGAUGAGCCCGAAGAGGAGAUACAUCGCGACUAUGCUUCCGAGUUCUUCAACUUCGGAAGCAGUCUGACAGUUCAGGGUGGCAUAUUAACGGUAGCCGACGACUUGCUGAAAAAUGAUGGCAAGAAGUUCAUUGAGAUGAUGGAACAGUUGGCCGAGCGACGCAUGGCACGCGAGGGCGACUUUACCCAGGACCAGUACCGGAGCUACGGCCAUGGUGUCAAUGGCGGCCUUCCCAGCCACGAUCACCCUCCACCUCCACCAGUUGACGACGAAGAGUACGAGGAGGACGAGGACGAGGAGUACGACUCUGGAGAGGACGACGAUUACGAGGAAGAGGAUGACGACACCAUGACCGAAGAGCAACGUAUGGAAGAAGGCCGUCGGAUGUUCCAAAUUUUCGCUGCGCGAAUGUUUGAGCAGAGAGUACUCCAAGCAUACCGCGAAAAAGUGGCGCGCGAACGCCAGGCCAAGCUCAUGGAGGAGGAGGAGGAGGAGCUGCGGAGGGAAGCGGCCCGUAAGGAGAAGAAGGCAAAGGAGGCACAGAAGAAGAAAGAGAAGGCAGCCCAGAAGAAGCAAGCCCAGGCCGAGGAGAAAGCACGCAGGGAGGCUGAGAGGGCGGCCGAGGAGGAGCAGCGGAAGCUGGAAGAAGCCCGGAAAGCCGAGGAAGCGAGAAGGAAGGCCGACGAGAAGCGCAAGAAGAAGGAGGCCCAGAGGAAAGCCGAGGAAGACGAAAGGGCGAGGAAGGAGGCCGAGCGACAGCGCCAGAAGCAACUCCAAGCCGACCAGGAAAGGAAGGCAAAGGAGGCUAAGGAUCGUGAGAGGAAAGCUCGUGAGGAGGCCCGUCUCAAGGAGAAGGAGGAGAGGGAGAGGUCGGACCGCGAGGCCAAAGAGCUCAAGGAGAAGCAAGACUCGCAGAAACGACAGAAGGAACUCGAGAGCAAGACCUCGGAGCACGGGAACAAGGCGAACCAAAAGCAGAAACAAGAGGAACGCGCAGCCAAGAAAGCAGCAGCACUGGCCACGGCCCCUGCCACGAUGACGCUCCCGAAGCGGCCAGCUCAACACCCGACAAACCCGGCAUUGCCAGUCUUGCCUCAGCAGCCGCCAACGGCGAGUUUUGCCUCGCCAAAACCCUCGGUCGCCACGCCAGCCUUGCCGAAAGCACCGACGCCGAUGCGACCGCGACAGGCGUCGCAGCAGGAUACGAUUUCCUCAGGCCCGGGCACAACGUCAUUGUCCGGGUCCGCGAGCAACGACCCUUCCCCGAGUGCCAACACACCGGCACAGACCAGCCCGCGGCCGUCGGGGCCUCCAAGUGCCAGAGGCAGCACAGCAAGUCAGCAUUCGGCGAAUGUGUCCCGGGCGAUGUCACCGGCGCAGUCUGGCGGAACGAGGUUCCCUUCCGCCCAGCCCGCUCCCAUCAACAUCCCGCCCAUGGGUAUGCCGUACCCUCCUGGGCUGCCGCCUCCAGGCUUUGGAAAUCCUCUGUUUCCCCCGGGGCCUCCUGGCUUCAGACAGCCGCCCCCGGGGAUGGUCCCCCCGGGAUUGAGCAGCCCCAUGCUCGGCCGAGGCUUUCCUGCACCCGCACCGCCUCCUGGUUUUGGUCAACCGGCUGCAGAUCUGGUGUCACCUUUCAACCACUCAUCGAAAGACGCACCCCUGGGCACACACACGCGACAGCAGUCAGGAGGCUAUGAUUCUCCAUCGAUGCAUGCCGCUCAACCCAUCAGUCGGCCUACGCCUAUCGGCCGGCCCUCGUCUGUAGUACACGGGCAGCGGCCGCAGUCAGGCUCCCCGCCAAAGGCCCCGAAGCAGGAGCCUGAUGACAUGCAGGAUCACUUGGGAAGUAGCGCCUUACUGGAUGAUUCUGAAGACGUCCUGCCGACGCUCCCCGACUUCCAGCCAGGCUUGCGUCGCGGGUACGUUGCUCCGGGCCGCCCGGGACCGGCUUUCCCGCCAGCUCCCUUUGCCGAUCCAGCAAUCGCUUCUAUGUGGGGCAGCCCCAUGCAGCUGCCUGGAAUAAGUGCAUUCGGCCAGGCACCUGUGGCACCUCCUGGGUUUGGCACUCCCGUUGGAUGGCCUGCCAGCCCAAGUCUCGGAUUCACCUCGCCCAUCCCCCUCCGCCACGUCGCGCCAGUUCGUCCGCCAGCAAGCGUCGCGAUACGGCAGAUCCUUUGCAAUGUCUGCCGUGACCUUGCCUUGAAGGAGCCCACUAAAGACGGCUUCAUUCCGCUCACUUCUCUGCAGGAGGCAGUGAAGACCUAUGUCGACUUCAAUCCUAUGGGCGACGGGCCGUUGACGGAGAACGACAUUGUCGCGCUCUGCGAGACGGAGGGGAACAUGGCCAACGGCGGGGGAAAUUUCGACCUGGUUGAUGAAGCCGGCACGAAGAGCAUUCGAUGGAAUCCGGACAAGAUGCCUCAGCCAUUAGGCGCUUUCGGCGCGCCUGGUCAGCCGGGCAUUGGCAGUCCCGUGUUGGGGUCGUCCUUUGGCCAUUAGCUUUCGGAAAUUGGCGACUUGUCAUGGUUGGCGGACCUUGUGCAUUAUAGCAUGGCAGCCUUAUGCGACUGUUACCCGACUCUCGAGACAACUUUGCGCCGAAUACUUGCCUGUGAAGAACCUCGUGCUGGAAACUUUCGACAAUAACCUUAACCAGGGGGCUCGCAACACCCAGACCCACAUACCGGUUCUCCUCAAUGCUUGUAGCGCUCUAUGGUUGCUUGUCCCCACUGAAACCGAGGCCUGGGCCCUCACUUUGGGGCUGGUCGCCCUUGUUGAUACCCCUGAGCCUACCACUUUAUGGAUUAUCACUGUAAUACUAGCUGGUAUCCGUACUGAAAGUGCGAUACAAAAACUGCGCAACCAAGUGACCUCUGGUCUUGUUGCCAUCACUAUAUCUGCUUGCCGGUCCUGCGUGUCUUGUACAUUAUCCCAGGUAAGAAGGCGUGCAAUGACGCUGCUUGCUGUCUUGGCCCUUACAGACUGAAUCAUCUUCCUUAUGGAUUUGGC